GCUACAGAAGAAAGAAGUUCAAAGCUUCCCCUCGUUUGCUUCUCCGAUUAGCUGCUGAGUAGAUACGAAACAGUACCGUACCGUACCGUCUCCAGUUCCCGUUAACUUCGAUUGCAAGCGGUGGAGGGAUUUCCGGAGGUCCAGCGCAGAACAAGUGGGUGUAUGGCGAUGACGAUUGAAGGAGGGGGUGGAGGGACAUUGUCGGCGAUUUAUCAGAGCGCGAAGAAGCUGCUACUGAAAGCUCGCGACGGGAUCGAGAGAGUAGAGCGGCUCGAGAGCUCUACCUCUAAUGGUGGUUUGGAUUCUCCCGAGCUUUCUUUCGCCGUCAAGAAGGAUAUCUCUCAGAUCCAAUCCCUUUGCGCCGAGAUGGAUCGUCUCUGGCGCUCAAUAGCUUCCAAACCUCAACGCGAUCUAUGGAAAAGAAAGGUGGAACAAGUAGCAGAGGAGGCUGAAUCAUUGAAAGAAAGCCUGGAUAGAUACUUUGCGAGGAAACAAAGACGGAUGAAGGAGGCACAAGAAAGAGCAGAAUUGCUUGGGAGAGCGAAUGGGGAGUCUUCUCACGUGUUGAGAAUAUUUGAUGAGGAAGCACAGGCAAUGCAAUCAGUCCAAAACUCUAAACGGAUGCUGGAGGAUUCUUUGUCCACAGGAUCAGCUAUCCUUACAAAAUAUUCAGAACAAAGAGAACGCUUGAAGAGGGCGCAACGGAAAGCUUUGGACGUGCUCAACACGGUUGGGCUGUCAAACUCUGUGUUGAGGCUGAUUGAAAGGCGGAACCGAGUGGAUACAUGGAUCAAGUACUUUGGAAUGGGUGUUACUAUCGUCAUUUUGUAUUUCUUCAUAUCUUGGAGAGGUUGAACUGGAAUCUCUCUCGUUCUUGUUCUUCCUCCCACUUUCUGUCUUUCAAUGUCUGGCUUACAUAGAAACCCAUUUUGCAUCCAUAGGGAGAAAGAAUGAAUUUGUAAGACCUCAUUGAAGACAUGGAGUGACGGAAAGAUGUACAUGCAUAGAGUCGUGUUACAUAUUACAACUAAGAAAGAGGGUCUUGCAUUUUUUUUAAACUUGGUGUGUACUUGAACCUGUAGGCUGUAGGCUGUAGUCAACAAAGAUGUAUUGGGUUGGAGUUAAAUGAAGGUAUAUGCAUUAUUAAUAGUUUGGAUUGGGUCCAAUUAGGGUUAAUUUGUUGGUACGACGAUAUUGACAAUUCAAUAAUUGUCCAAGUCUUGGAUCCAAUUACGCAUUUAAUGUCGAUGUUUCCACCUUUCCGUUAGUUUCCUAUAACAAAAUGGUAAAAAAUUCAUUAAAAUCAAAUAUCUACUUUCUUUUGAAUAUCCAGUGCAAUUUAAACACAAAUUAAAAAGUUGAGUUUGACUUAGUUCCAAAAGCAAAAUUAGCUAAACCUGAUUUGCCCUUAACUAAGGAAAGGAUUACUUCCUUGUUAUGGUUAAGGGCUGGCAUUGUCUCUGCUCUAAACAAGCCAGUUAAUAUGCUGAAAGCUCCCUAUCUAUUUCGGUCAGUGGACUGGAUCAACACAACUAGUGGAAUGAACAUAAUCCGAGAAACCAACCUGAAGAAGGCGCGAAUCCAAGACUAAAUCUAAAAGGCUAUCUUGAUGUCACCUAAUUCUAUAAAAGAAAAAAUUUCUAUAAACUCAGUGGUAAGGUAAGAACAGUUUGAGAACGCGGAAGUACACAUGAAAAGAGGUCAUGAAAUGGGGUUAGGAAUUAGGACGGAGGAGGAGUGUCCCACUCCAAUUCAGUGACAAGCACGAUUUUAUCUAAAAGAGGAAAAAGGUAAAAUUAUAAAGUGUAGAAUCAAAGUGUAAAGCGUAAGUUUGUUAGGCUUAGUAUAAAAUAGCUAAAAAUGUGUUAAGUACGACAUACUAUGUAAAAUAUGAGUGCACAAAAUUUCAUUAAGUUAAUAAAUACCUGCAAUUCAUGUCUAGAGUAGAGCAACUCAUAACAUCUUAACAAUAAGUUCAUAAACAUAGAUCAUAACAAUAAGCCUCCCUUCUAUGAAUGUUUUUCAGAAAUACCACAAAAAUAAAAUAAAAUUCCAAACAUAUCACCCAUUUCCUAAAAAUUCAAAAUACCACUCUUUCCGAUAAACCGCGACCCCACCCAGCGGUUUACACGAAAAACGCCGAGGGGCCGCGGUUUUUGUUCCUAUUGGCUGAAAACCGCGUCGGGUCGGGGGGGAGGGGUUGAUUGAUCGCGGGGGGUAGCGAUGGGGGGAAUAAAUUUUUCGCUAUGAUCGGAUACCCGAAUACAAAGGUAUGUUCGUUUGAAGUUUCGACCUAGGUUGGCAUUGAGAGAAAAAAAAAUAUUUCACACAAAACGCAGGAGGGGGCGGUCUACUUGUUAACCGCCACUACCCUGCGGUUUUUAAACAAAAUGUAAACCGCGGCGACCCCCGAUGGUUUUUUGGCGGCAUGAACGAAAACCGCUGCCCCCUGCGGUUUUUGGGAAAGAGUGGUAUUUUUGGAAUUUUCGGUAAUGGGUGGUAUUUUUGGAAUUUUUUUUGUUGUAUUUCUAAAAAAAUUCCCCCUUCUAUGAUAAUGAAUUUGGGAAGAGGCUAGCUGGUGAAUUAGAUUACUCUAUUGAAGCUGAGAAUGCAUCGAAGUACCUGAUAUCUAUCUUUUAAUUUAAAAUGUAAUAUAUUGUUGGUGAUUUACCUUUAAAAUAUACUUUUUACAAUUAAUUUCAUGAAUAGCAUACCUAUUUAAUGAACUAAAAGCGUAAAG